GUCGGCAGUCGGCGGCAGCCGCGCGUCGCCGCAUCGCUCGUUAUGCGGCUAAACACCACCGAACUACAAUACACAACAUUUAAUCAACACCGCGCGCCCCUGUGCCGUGGUCGGCAUGUUGGGCGCGCGGCUCAAGUCGUGGAUGGAGGCGCAACUGGGGCGGGCGAAGAAGCGUAAACAGAAGCAGACGCGGCCGACGCCGCAGACCAUCGCCGGGCCCGCCCCUCCCCCGCACUUGUCGUCACCGGAGAGCGCGUACAGCACCGGCUACUCGACAGACGGGACGUCGCCGGGCACCGCACCCACCGCGCUCGCUGCACCGUUAGUCGCACCGCCACCGCCACCAACUCCGCCUACUACGCAUCUGUACCAUGAGCCUGCAAAGCGGCGGUCUAAUCCACCAGUGCAAAUACGGCGUUGCGUUCCCGAGCCGGUUCUUUGUGCGACCCCGUCCCCUCGCCCUAGGUGCAGGAUCCGAACGAACCCCUGGCUGGGGGCCACGUCGCCAAGUAGGAGGCGACCGGGACACCUGUGUCAACAACAAUCGCUGCAGUGUCCGCAAACAGUAGCGCCUCAAUUGCAACACGCGUCGCACUCUGUGGAUUCACAGGCCGCGAAAUUCGAUUCUAGGUCACCACAUUUAUCGCCGCAUCUAUCACCGCGUUUGUCGUCGGAGCCCAGGAAGUACCGUGGUGGUGUAUCCAGCGACGAAGAGGGUCGUGUACGCGGUAGAGAAACAGCAAUACUAUCCGAUGCCGAUAUAGACUCUGACGGAGAUACCGGACUGGAUGGAGGCGAUGAAGAGGAAGCCGAUGAUCUGGAUAUGGCCUCGCCGGGGAAACGAAGAGCAAGAAGACGUAGACCUCCGAGACGCGCACCGAGAUCAGCUGGAGCGACUCCCCCGCGUUCCCGACGCAGAAACCACACUCCCGUGACACCAGCGCCCGUACGAGACCCGCUUUUAGAAGCGGACAGAGAAGCCGAGAGAAAGUACCGAGAGCUCAUAAGAGAGGCCGAAAAACUAUUAGUCACUGUAUCCAGGGCCCCUUUAGAGCCUCCACACAAUCCAAGGGUUAGGGAGUUACGGGCUACCGAAGUGGAAGUCCCUCGUCGUAGUCCCGAACGCACUCAUUUAACGAACUUCAUGCGCGCCAACUCACCUGAACCGCGGCGUCUGUCCCCCGCCCCGCGCCGCUCCCCGCUGGCCGCACCGCCCCCUCCUGCACGCACCCCCCCCUCGCCGACCGACAGGCCGCACUCUGAGCCACCCAAGAGGAAGGCUUACGCUAGAGACGAGGUGCUGCAAACAUUGGAAGGGCUUCGAAAAAGUCUCCAGCAACAAUCGGCGCUACUAGCGGUGCAGCGCACAAGGCUGGACUCCUUGUAGUUCCUACAAUCACAAACGAUGUCUCUUCAACAUCAUUAGCAUCAUUUAGCGAAAUUUCCUUAAUUCCCCCUAGUUAUCCAGUAGUGACGGACCGUUGGCACUAUUUUAUUUGUUAACGAACACUAUUGGAAGCUCCUUAUUUCAUGUGUUAUUUAGUGAUAAAAUUGCCAUUCACUUCAGACCUGAAGGCUGAAGUCGCAGUUGUGACGGGAUAACUGUUAUCGUUAUCUACAAAUUGGAUUCAUUUCGGUUCAAAUAGGAAAGAGAGUUAUACAAAUAUCUGACCUAUUUCGAACGAUACGAAUCCCAUGUGAAGUCAAUUACAACUUUGGUACAAUUCCGUGCGGGUUCGAUACCAGCUUGCCUAUUUAAUUUCAAUAGUUAAAUUUAGAUUCGCUUUUAGUGAAUUAUUGUUUGUAUCCAGAAUAUCUAUCCAGAUAAAUGUAAUUCUUAAUUUAAGACGUGAAAUGAAAACGUUCGGCGAGAAACAUUAUUUGAUGACUUUUCGACUAUAGUUAUUUUUGUGAUAUGAAUGAAUUUACGUUCUGCCCUGAUAUACCAGAUACAUUUAGAUUUUUGUUACCAAAGAUGAAUCCACUGAUAAUCUAGAAGACCAAAGAACUUCAUCUUAUUGCUGCUCAUGCAUAUUGUCGAUAAUAGAGUGAUUUCUGUAAAAUUUAAGAAUUAAUUUUCUUAAGUUUUAACACGAAUUGAGAUUCUGUCUGAACUAAUAAUUUAACUCUUCAAAACCGAAAGGCAGUAUGUCAUCAAGAUCUUCAAAGAAGUUGUAGAUCAUUUACAUGAAAUCCUCGCUGUUUUUAAUAGUUGAUAUUAUUAUACUAUUGCUAAAUUUUCCUUUGCCUAUUAAGUGUUGCUUAGAACCUUUUUAAAUACCUCAUUGCCAAAGAGUGCCGACCGGCCCUUCUACAUGUAGUCCCUCCACGAUCUGCAGUCUAGUCCAUUGUAGUUGUUAUAGUUUCGUGUUUAGGCGAGGCCAAUUUAUUAUCUUCCAUUAUAUUUGUAGUUGCAUAUUGUAGUUAGAGAUUAGAGAGGCGGUGGGUUUGUAUAAUGAAAAUAGGAUCUCAAGGCAUACCGAAGAUAUUUUCAAGUUGAAAUAAAUAUUUAAGUAUUCAUGUUAAUCUUUUUAUGCGACUUAAAAAGAUGUCAGACUGAAAAAUAACAUUAAUAAUACAAAUAUUAUGUAUAUUCAAGAUUAUGUUAAAAAGAUUUAACUCGAACUUUUUUGUUAAUUUUAAAAUGUUUGUUGUUGUUACUGAUAGUAUUAGAACAUAAAAAUAAAACGUUAAUUCCAUUGAUAAUAAUGACAUUGAUGAGUGGUAUCUGCUGUUGUCGCCACGUUGGAGCGAGUGCAAGGGCGGAUCCAGCUUUGGCGCCAGGAGGGGGCACAUAGUCGUGGGCAAGUUAAGAACUUAUAAUUUAAUUUUGAUAACAAUAGAUAAUAAAUAAAUCAUGAUGUUCUUCAAUUAGUCCAAGUUAGUUCAAGUCCUGGAACUAGCUCAGGGGGGGGGGGGUCAUGACCCCCAUGACCCCCCCUGGAUCCGCCGUUGAGCGAGUGGCGAACAAAUAACUUAAAAGAGCUAUAAUAGUUUUCGGGAAAUUUUAAUCGUUUAUACAUAAUCAUUACUUGUCAUUAAUUUUAUAUAAUACUAGCUGACCCGGCAAACGUUGUGUUGCCUUAAAUAAGAUUUCUAGGGAAAUUCUACUGUAGAAAAAAAACCUCAUUUAACCACAUAAUACCUCAUUAUAAACAAAAAAAUAUAUCCAAAAAAUUAAAAUAAAAAAUAAAUGUUUGGGGUGGACAACCCUUUUCACUUAGGGGUAUGAAAAAUAGAUAGUAGCCGAUUCUCAGACCUACUGAACAUACUAUUGAUACACAAAUAAAACCAAAAAAACAUGGCUGAAAAAUGUAUAGUAUUGUAUAGCUCUCAAAUUAUAUAUUAAGUGUAUAAUCUAUGAUGUAUAGUGAGUAAGUAAGACAGGAGACCGGCUUCGUCCUCAUCCCUACUACGUGAUGUUUGCUGGAUGAGUGGUGACACCUGGCGGGGAUAGCUGAUCAAUUGAUAGUUAAUCAGUAGUCGACCGGCGAGGGCGGGAGAUCAAAUUCAAUUUAAAAAAAAUCAUAAUUAAAGGAACUUGAAAUUAUAAACUUUGAAUCAGAAUUUAUCGUACUACAAUUAUAAAAUUUGAUUGCCACCUUGCAACCUUAUUGCAGAUCUGUGCAUAGAAAAAAAAAUAUUAAUCGGGGUGGAAAAAUAGGGGUUGAUCAUAUAAGAGUGAAAAUUGAGAGUAAUAUGAUUUUUUUUAUUUUAAGUCAUAACAAAAUGAAAUAAAAAACUUGCCAAAAAAAUUAAAGUUUAUAAUUAACAAAUAAAAAAUAGCGGUUGAUCAUAGAGGGAUGAAAAAUUGAGAUUAACAUCAGAUUUUUUAUUUUAAUUAAUGGCGAAUUAAAAAUAAAAAUGAAAAUCUUGCCAAAAAAAUUUAAGUUUAUAAUUAACAAAUAAAAAAUAGGGGUUGAUCAUAGAGAGGUGAAAAUUUCAGAGUAAUAUGAUUUUUUUUAUUCUACGUCAUGACAAAAUAAAAACAAAAUACUCGCAAAAAAUUUUAAAUUUUUUAAUUAGCAAAUAAAAAAUAAGGGUUGAUCGUAGAGGGGUGAAAAUUUAGGGUUGUAUGUAUUUUUGUAUGCUGUAUCAUAAAAAAAUAGAAAUUAAAAAUUUUGUCUAAAAAAUAAAUAAAAAAAUUUAGGGGUGGACUACCCCUAACAUUUAGGGGAAUGAAAAAUAGAUGUUGGCCGAUUCUCAUAGAUACCGGAUAAGCACAAAAAAUUUCAUCAAAAUCGGUCAAGCCGUUUCGGAGGAGUAUGGCAACGAAAACUGUGACACGAGAAUUUUAUAUAUUAGAUGUUCCUGUCGAAUUGUAAUAUCGAAAUAUUAUUUAUUGUUUUGAUAUGCUGAUUGACUGACAUGCAUUAUUGAUAUGCUCAUAAGGGUACUUAAGGGUAGGUGCCACUACCAUUCAUAUAUCUAUACAAAACAGUCGUGCGGUUCGAAGGAAUGAGAUAUCAGUCAUAAUAUAUAAUCGAGACAUUAAUAUCUUAAGGCAACCACUAAACCUAAGUUGUAUGCAUCUUAAAUGCUAAUUUCUCAAUACGAUAACAUAUAUGUGGAAAAGCAUUUUUAGAUCCUAUUUUCAUCACAAGCAACAAGUCUUAUUUCAUACAGGUUAGAUGUUUAGUAGUGUUGUAAUCGUGUAGUGUGGCAAUAAUAGCAGUCUAUAGUGUAGGGUAAGAGUGGAAUACUAAGACUGCGUUAUAAGCUAGUAGCACGUUUGUUGAGCCAUUAUUUGAAUAUAAUUACGACUUUUACAGUUUAAUUUAGCGUUAUUAACUGUCAUUAUAUUAUCAUCAUCCGUGAAAACGUUAAAGUUCUCGAAACUUCCGAAAUAAAACGAUGUCAGUAUAAAAACGCGAUUUUUAUUAAGUGUAGGUAUGUGAAAACUGAAGUACAUACCGUUACACAAUAUUGAAAUAUAAAAAUAAAGUUCUAAAUACAGUCAAACCUGGGUAAGUGAGAACUGGAUAAGUGAGAAAACUCUAUAAGUGAGAGUAAUAGCCAGGAACCGUCAUUUUAAGCUCCCAAAACCUCUAUUAGCGAGAAACAGAAACCUCUGUAAGAGAGAGUCGUUUUUCUCUCAUGGACCUCCGUAAGUGAGACUGCUACUUAUCUAUACCUCUAUAAGCGACAGUCGAGCUUUAUUUAUUUAUAUUAUUUAGGAGGAACAUGACAAAACAAAUAAAAAAUUUAACAUCUGCUAUUUUAUGACUCAUAAUUAACUUUUGUGGAACUUCCUUCCAUUGUUUUUGUAUUGUUUUCUCGUCAAUAUUGAACCUAUUCUAUUUUGUGGAACUAAAUGACGUUGUUAUUUUAUCGCAUUCUUUUCGAAUGGACACGUGUGCCUGUGUACCGUCCUGUUUGUCGGGCUUACUCAGUUUAUCGUUAAUCAAUUGCGAAGGAAAGUUCUGUUCUGUAUCAUGUCAAAACGGAAAUUAAAGUAAUGUCAUUAAGUGAUAAACUUAAAAUAAUGAAUGAGUUUGAAUCCGGAAAAUCGCAUAAUGAAAUUCAGACGGAGCAUUAGCGAGAAACUCGGGUUAGUGAGAAACGUCUAUAAGCGAGAAUGAGAUUGUGCUCCCUUGAACUCUCGCUUAUCCAGGUUUGACUGUAAUCUAUUCCAUACUUACGUCAAAUUUGAUAAUCCAGAUAAAACAGAACAAAACUAGCGGCUUAAAUAGAUUUUGCAUAGAUAAUUAAUGAUCGAAACGCAACGCAAAAUAUUUUUUGUGUGUUUAAUCAGAGUUCGGCUACACAGCGAAAUAAAGAUUAUUUGCAAAAAUUAAACAAACACUAACAAUUACUUAAGUAUGUGUAUUUAUGACCAAAGAUAUCAACAAACGUGCACUGGCUGUUAUAGAAUAAUAUCGAAAGUAAGCAAGCAGUUCGGAAACUUAUUAAUUAGUAUAUAUUAUACAAUAGUAGUUACCUAAAUAAUUAUUAUUUUUAUUCAAUAGUAGUUACAUUUUGUGAGUUCACAAAUUGAUAAAUUUCGAUUUAUACAAAUCGUUUUGUAAUCAUAUAUCAUGUAUUUAAACGCCUUCAAACUAGAUUCCAACAUCUCAAACGCUAAGUAUCUAUGGGAACCAUAAGCGAGCCAAAACAUAAUUUAUCGCUAUUUUGAGAUUAUAGUUUGAAUGAAUUUGAAUAUAAUUUUACAUACAUGUAUUCUAAAUUAUUAUUCUAAAUAUUUACUCGUUGAUAAUUUACUAUAUUAUAUAUAUAUACAUUUGGUUGUUAUUUGGAAACUACAAUUUUAUUUGGUUAUUCUUAUGUGCUAUUAAAUUAAUUUCAUAAUUUUCAAUACUUUCAUGUCAUUUUGGGCACUAUGUUUAAAUGACAUUGUGAUUUAAAAAUACGCGCGCUACUUCCGAAGUGAAGUGAGUAUGUACCUGUUUUAAUAGUCAAUGAAUAAUUGUCUAAGUAUUCAUAAUAAUGUUGUAUUUUGAGAAUAACAUUUUUACAAAGCACCAAACAACAGGCGAGUGAAAGGAUGCAUGACGUGUUUUGACAUCCUGUAUUUUGUUAGUGCAAUAUUUUGGAGGGAAAGCGCGAUUGUGUAAGUAAAUUCCCUUCAACUAAAAUGUAAAUAUAUAAGUACACAUUGUACUUGUUUACUGUAAGUAUAAAUAAGAUUUAUACGUUUAGUUGAAUUUUCAUUAAAACUAUUUGACAAAUA